CUCUCUCUCUCUCUCUCUCUCUCAUCUUCGAGCUUACAAGCUCUUCUUCUUCUCCAUCUUAACACCCUUUCCAGGCUCAAUGAUGCUAUCAGAGACCCCUAAGAGUGGUGCUGCUACACUCGCACCGAGAAAAGUAACGCCAAGCCGCUUUUUCUUCCAAUCUACCAAAACCAACUCUUCUUCUUCAUAUUCACUUUCAAGCUCUUGCACUGCUUCAACCCCUUCCCGCAGCUUCUCUCUACUGAUGAUGGAAGAAAACAUCGCAAUUGCUGAAUCCAUUAUCACCAAAUGGGAUCCAAACUCUUCCUUAUACACCAAAAUCACUUUUCUGUUCCAGCAUAGCAGAAAAGAAGCCAAAGAGUUCCUCAAAUCCGUAAACUACUUGCGUAGUGCUAUGCAUGUUUUAGUUGGUGGAAGCUCAGCCAGCAAGCUUGUACUUGCUCAAAAUCUAAUGCAAACAGCGAUGAAAAGGCUUGAAAAAGAGUUUUACCAGAUAUUGUCUGCAAACCGGGAUCACCUAGACCCUGAAUCGGUUUCAAGUCGAUCAUCAGGAUCAGCCAAAUUUUAUAAUGCAGACGAGACUGGAUCAGAAGACGAGUUGGAAAUUGUUGGUGAGUCAAUCACAGAGGUUGAGAGAGCCUCAGCAUUUGCCAUGUCAGACCUGAAGUCAAUAGCGGAUUGUAUGAUCAGUUCUGGCUAUGGUAUAGAGUGCGUGAAGAUAUACAAAAUUAUCCGGAAGUCAAUAGUGGAUGGAGGAUUGUUUCGCCUUGGAAUCCAACAGUUCAAAUCUCCGCAAGUUCAUAAAAUGGAUUUGGAAGGACUAGAAAGCAUACUCAGGAACUGGAUGGAUGCUGUAAAGAUUGCUGUGAAAGCACUAUUUCGUGGAGAAAAAUAUCUCUGUGAUCAUGUGUUUUCAGCAUCUGAGAAUAUCAAAGAGUCGUGCUUCUAUGAGAUAACCAAAGAAGGAGCCACCACCCUAUUCAGAUUUCCUGAACUCAUUGUGAAGAACAAGAAAGCCCCAGAAAGAAUUUUCUGGCAACUGGAAAUCUAUGAAGCAGUCUCUGAUCUUUGGCCGGAGAUUGAAUCUAUAUUCGACUCUGAAUCAACCCAAGCUAUAAAGCUACAAGCUCUUUCAUCAUGGCUCAAACUUUCAGAUUCUGUUUGGACCAUUCUUUCCGAUUUCGAAUCAACAAUUCAAAAGGACUCAUCAAAGAUUCUAGUUUUCGGAGGCGGGAUUCACCCACUGACCCGGUCAGUGAUGAACUAUGUAUCUUCACUAGCAGAUUACUAUGGAGUUCUCUCUGAUAUCCUUGCUGACCAUCCACCACCAGGGAAUUCAUCAUUUCAAGAAUUCAAAAGCGUAGUGUCAGAUGACUGUUCAACACCAGAAGUGUCAGUCCACCUAGCUUGGCUCAUUUUUGUCCUUUUGUGCAAGCUUGACAUCAAAGCUGAGAUUUAUAAAGAUGUGUCUUUGUCAUAUCUCUUCCUUGCCAACAAUCUUCACUUCAUUGUUGAGAAGGUGAACAACACACCCAACCUGAAACUCCUCCUUGGUAAAGAUUGGGUAUCUGAACACAUGAAGAAGGUUAAACUGUAUGCUUCAAACUACGAAACCACAGCGUGGACAAAGGUGUUAUCAUCAUUACCAGAGAGGUCAGCAGACAUAUCUCCUGAAAUGGCAAAGGAGUGUUUUAGGAAGUUCAACACAGCGUUUGAAGAGGCAUAUAGGAAACAGACAUCCUGGAUUGUAGAGGAUGGGAAGUUGAGGAAUGACUUGAAGGUGUCAAUUUCACAGAAACUAGUACCAACCUAUCAAGAAUUUUACGACACAUACAUGGUGAUGCUAAGUGGGGAGAAAAAUAUGGAGUUGUUGGCAAGAGUUUCACCAAAUGACUUGGGGAAUUACUUGUCUGAUUUGUUCCAUGGGACUUCCGCCUCAGUUAGUUCUACCACUUCAUCUUCAUUGGUGCCUUCUCAGAGAUGCUUCCUCAUCUAAAAUGAUGCAGUGCUAUUACAAUACAAACUAUACCAUUUUGAUGGCUGGUGCAUGAUACUGUGAGAAUACGGACUGCCAACUUUCUCAAGCUUCAAGUUAUUUCUAUGAUUAGAAUAUAGGGAAUCAUAUAGUCGAUAUUAAUGACAUUAUUUUGUACUGCUAUCCCUUCAUUCACAUAUCGCCCACUUGGACGCU